UUGAUGGCUCUCUUAAAUUGAUUGUCCAUUCCGCGGCGCCUCCUUCUCUUCCCCCAAUCGCAUCCACUUUCCCCUGACAAGAAACCUUUCAAAACCCUCGCCCAACUGCCCCGCCCUUCACCACCCUUUCUUGGUGGUGCUCCGACCAUCCCAUUUCUCUUCCACCGCCUUCACUGGACUUAACAAUGGCGGCUCUCGCUCCCUCUGAUGUCUCUGAUGGACCAGUCCUCAGCCUCAUCAACAAGCGUCUCCGUGCCCUUCGCAAGAAACACAAUCGUAUCCUUCAGAUGGAAGAGGCUAUUUCUCAAGGAAAGCCUAUCAACAAGGAGCAAGAAGAAGUUCUUCGCUCUAAGCCUUCUGUUACUGCCCUCAUCGACGAGCUUGAAAAGCUUCGACUGCCUUUAUCAUCGGCUGUCUCUGAGGAAAUCUGCUUGGCUGUACAACGUCAACAGGCGAGUGUUUCCUCUCAACCUGUUUCAACUGAUGAUUCGCCUACGGAGGUUAGGGAUGAAAACGACAGUGAUGUGAAAGACCAGUCCGAACACUCCGUGGUUGAGGACCUUUUAAACCUUCUCUAUUUUGGCUCUUUGUUUGAUGUUAAGUCUCAAAGCGAUUUCACUUCUACGAUGCUUACGAGAACGCAUGAGAGAAGUUGUUGCAUCACCUACGAUUAUGUCACUGACGAUGCUACCGAUCUUCUCGUUGAGAGGGAUUUGGAUUUGAUAUCGAUGAUGAGCGGCCUAUUGGUCUCUCGUCCCGUGGAUUCGAAUUUGCCUCAUAAGAAUGCGUUGGAGCGUUGCAUCGAGCACGCGAAACUCUGGCUCAUGAAGGCUGAUCAACCUAUUGAACCCAACACGGAUGUUACUUAUGCGAACUUAAGAGAGAGGCUGCACAAGAUCAUGGCGUCGGAUUACUUCACUACCACGCCUGAGAUAAAAGGUCCUGUUGAAGUAGCUGCUGUUGCUGCAGGAAACUAUGCCAAUUUUCAGGUUCCAGUGGCUGUCCAUGAAGAAGGUUCAGAUGAAAAAUUUCUACAGACGAUGACCCUCCCUAAAGACACGAAUAGCCAUGAUUGUUGCAGAUUUGGAUCCUUUGAUUUGAAAGAGAUUGUUGAAGAGGAUGCUGACGUGGGAGAUGUGCAAGGAGAUGAUAUCAGUGAUGGUCAACCUGGUUCUGCUGACGAGCUGCCUAGUGAUGUGCAAGAGACCGGAAAUUCCUCCGAAUUCGUCACACAGCAAGAAGUGAGACCAGAAGAAGAAUUUGAGCAGAAACAUGCGGACGGAGAUGCAAGAGAACAGCAGUACGUUCCUCGAAGGGGAGGAUAUAUGAACCAAAGAGGUGGGCGUGGUGUUGGUGGUCGAAGAGGAUACUCCAAUGGCCGUGGGGGUCGAGGGGAUGGAAGAGGAGGAGGUUCCUACCAGAAUGGACGCAGUCGAUAUUACGACCAGUCCGGAAACUAUUACCAAAGGAACUACUACAACAAUGGUCGAGGAAGAGGUGGUGGGAGGGGUGGUGGCGGUGGCGGUGGCCACUCAUACAAUAGUCAUGGUUCCUCCUCCCAAGGUGCUCCUAACUCUUCAAGUAUUGGGGUGGCUUCGUGACCGUCGUCGGAAGCGGGUGAGUGAUGCGAAUGCUUGGUGCCUUUUCAAUUUUUCCCUCUCCCUCUCUCUCCCUCGGGACAUUGGUCCUCGUUGAAUUCACCAUCCAACAUCUUGCUUUUUUUGUAGUCCCUAGUUUUGAUGGAUCCAAUGGAACCUUUGUAUAAAAAAAAAAGACCAAUAUUGCGAAAACCAUUUGAUCCUAAGUUAUUUUGUGGACAUGAGUUGCUUUUGUUUAGACGUAUGCUUAAGGUAUGAUAUGCUUCAAUCUUGUUUUAGUUUUAA